AUGUUGCCUGUCGAUCCAAACAAAAAGUUAUCUUUUACUCGUAGCAUUUGUGAUGGAGAUUUGGUUAUUGUCUAUGAGGGGCAUGACAACAUGAAGGCUCUUAAAGUAUGCAAGGAUUUAGUGCUUCAGAACCGAUUUGGUGUAUUCAAACAUUCAGACUGGAUUGGAAAGCCCUUUGGAACCAAGGUUUUUAGCAACAAGGGUGGUUUUAUUUACUUGUUAGCUCCAACUCCUGAAUUGUGGACUCUGGUUCUAAGUCACAGGACCCAGAUUCUCUAUAUUGCUAAUAUUAGCCUUGUCAUCAUGUACUUGGAACUAGUUCCUGGUUGUUUGGUUCUGGAAUCUGGACUGGAAGUGGAUCUUUAA